AUGCCCUCGGCGGCCAAGCAAUCUGCAUCGCCCCAGGCCACCCACCAGGCCGCCGCGCCGCAGCAGUCGGUCGCCCUGCGGCUGCGGACGGGCGCAUGCUGCCUGCCGCAUCCUGGGAAGGCUUCGUAUGGCGGCGAGGACGCGUUCUUCGUGAGCGCCGCCGGGGGCGGCGCGCUCGGCGUCGCCGACGGCGUCGGCGGCUGGGCCGAAAGCAAUGUCAACCCCGCGGCCUACGCGCGCUCGCUGAUGCGCGUCGCCUGUGCGUUCGUUGAGGGCGCGGGCGCCGAGCAGCUCGCGCGCGCGGCGGCGGACGGGGCUAAGGCGCCGGCUGCCGACAACUCGCUCAGUCAUGGCAGCGGCGGCGGCGGCGGCGGCGGCGGCGGCAGCGUGGGCGGCGGGGGCAGGGCGCCGGGCGCAGGCGCCGCCGUGGCGGCGGCGGGCGCGACAAGGGCGGCGGCCGACAGCCGGGGGGACAGCGGUUUCAUCGCGGUGCGACAGGGCCUGGUGGUGGCGCGCUCCCGGCCGCUGCAGCACUGGUUCGACUGCCCGUACCAGCUCGGCGCCUUCCCCGAAUUUGUCGAGGCCACGGACACGGCAGCGCACGCGGACGUGUUUGAGGUGCCGCUGCUGCCUGGCGACGUCGUCGUCGUAGGCAAGCAACCCCAAGAGUUCAUAUUGUGCAGCGAUGGGCUGUGGGACAACGCCUAUGAUGCAGACAUCUUGGCGCUGCUGCCAAAGGGCCCCCGCGGGGCGCAGGCUGCUGCCGAGGCGAUCGCGGCCAUGGCGCGGGCCCACUCGAUGGACCCAGAGUUCCCAUCGCCCUACACGCGCGAGGCGCUGCAGCAGGGUUACGACCUGUCGUGGUUUGACAAGCUGAGGCGUGCGCAGUUCCGGGACGGCCGCAUCCGCCUGGGCUGCCUGACGGGCGGCAAGCCGGAUGAUGUCACCGUGCUGGUGGCGGUCGUGGAGGACCGGCCGGCCUGGGCGUGA